AUGAAGUUCUUCGCCGUCCUCUUUUUCCUGGUUCAAGCUGUUCUCGUGCAGAACGCUUUCAGUCAAGUUAUAAGAACAGCUGCACCCCUCGCUGUGUCUUCACCGAUCAUUGCUCAACCAAGUGUUGCCAACAGCCUGGCUGACACUCUCUCCCUACUUACCGUUAGCAGCCUCCUGUCCGAAACUCUGCCAUUCAACCCUAAUGUGAUUACAGUUCCUAUGGCAGCUCCCGCUAUGGGCUGUGGAUGCGGAUGCGGUUACGGCAACUAUGGUUAUUACUACUAA